UUCUGGAACCUCUGAGAUUGGUACAGAAACCAAAUUGUGCGGGUAAAGCUUUACCUACAAAUUGCUGUUCUCACGACACCGUUAUCAAAAUGAUGCUAACUAAAUUAGAAUUUUGUACAUAUUUACGAGGUUCUUUACCCAUAAUACAACAGUGCUGUGGAUUUAGAACUAAAUUUAGGAAAGGGCGACCAAGAAAUCCCAUUGGCGUAAGAGGAAAGUUCAAAAGGGCUUACAUGGUAGAGGGUGAAUUUGUUUACAAAGGAGAGGUCCUACUGAAGCAGUCUGGACUUGUAAAUUAUCCUGGUGAAAAUGUUGGAAUUCUGAAGAACAACACACUAGUUGCAGCCAAAGAUGGAGUAGUUAUUUGUACAAGUGAAAAACUGAAUCCAUAUCCAGACAGUCCAUUGUAUGAGAGAGUGAAAAAUGGCAUGACUAUACAUAGACAAUUUUGGCAUGUUUAUCCUACACCUGUUCAUGCAAAAUUCAAACUGGUCACAGAGACAUUAGAUUCUAACAGCUUUAAAAAAGUAUAGUGUUGUUAUGUUCAUCAGAUUAAAUGGAUAAAAUUGUAACAAA